AUGGGAUUAGGGACGCCGGAACUCUCAAGUGUCUGCACAGCGUUCGGAUGCAUGUCAUCGUGUGUGGCUCACGAUCUCAACGUUCAGUGCCCUCCAGUUGGCACCAUUAUUACGAAAGCGCUCCUGAAGCCUUUCCUGACGGCUGCGAUCAUUUUCGAAGAAAUUGGUCCACGUGCGAAGAUUUCUAUUUAUCGCCAAAUCCCACCCCAGUGCUAUUACUUGACCAAUCUCAAGGACGUUCAAGGGAUUGCUGAAGGCAGACCACCUACCAAGUCUUCAGAGAAAAAUCCGGAAGAAGCCAUCAGGAACGAGAUUAAACUAAAGGAGCAGCAGCGAAAACAGAAGAAAGCCGAACUCGAGCGCCUAUUUAUGAUGGAUGCUAAGCAAGGUACGACGUAG